GGAUCUUGGGACCGAUUUGUCCCUUGGCCCAGGACAUAAGCUUAACCUCCUAAGGCUGGCCUGCAGUGAUAGAUCCAGACAACUGAGACCAGGCGCCUGCUCACACUGGCUUAUCAGGUGCCCAUGGAGGUGGAUCACAUGUCUCCCAGGCUGAGAGCCUUCCUCUCCGAACCCAUCGGAGAAAAGGAUGUCUGCUGGGUGGAUGGGGUCAGCCAUGAGCUUGCGAUCAAUUUGGUCACCAAAGGUUUCAACAAGGCCUACAUCCUGUUGGGACAAUUCCUUCUGAUGCACAAGAACCAAGUGGAGUUUCAGAAGUGGCUCAUUUGUUGUUGUGGUGCCACCGAGUGUGAGGCCCAGCAGAGUUCCAACUGUCUCAAGGAGUGGUGCGCUUGCUUCCUGUAGACACAAGCCCAAGGCCAGCCAGACGGGCCACUGGAUGCAAAGCUGCUCAGCUGUGCCCACCCAGGAUCAGCCAGCCCUCAGCUGACUCACAGAUGUGUGAGUGAGAAUAAAGGAUUGCUAUUUAAAGCCA